CAAUAAUACCAUUGGUGUUCUCAUUAGGCCAGCGUGAAGAGAUCGCAGAUCGGACAUCGCCACCGCAGCUCAUUUCCUACGCAAACCUUUUUUCUCCGUUCACCGCCACCGCGAUGGACUCUCCCAAGCAUUCUCUGAUCCCUAGCUUCCUCUAUUCAUCUUCCUCAUCGCCGAGAUCCCUCCUCCUCGACCAGGUCCUCAACUCCAACUCCAACGCUGCAUUCGCGUCCACCAAUCUCGAGAAAUCGCCUUCUCCUUCUCCGGCGAAGACGACGACGAUGGUGUCUCGGAAGAAUUUCUUGAUCGCGUCUCCCACGGAGCCAGGGAAAGGGAUCGAGAUGUACUCGCCUGCCUUCUACGCCGCGUGUACCGUCGGUGGGAUUCUCAGCUGUGGUCUCACUCACAUGACCGUUACUCCUCUCGAUCUCGUCAAGUGCAAUAUGCAGAUUGAUCCAGCGAAGUACAAGAGCAUCUCCUCUGGUUUUGGGAUCUUGAUGAAGGAACAAGGAGUUAAAGGAUUUUUCCGUGGGUGGGUUCCUACUUUGUUGGGUUACAGUGCUCAGGGUGCUUGCAAGUUUGGAUUCUACGAGUUCUUUAAGAAGUACUACUCUGAUCUUGCUGGACCUGAGUUCACUGCCAAGUACAAGACCCUCAUCUACCUUGCUGGUUCUGCCUCUGCUGAGGUUAUUGCCGAUAUUGCUCUUUGCCCGUUUGAAGCUGUUAAGGUUAGGGUUCAGACUCAGCCUGGGUUUGCGAGGGGAAUGUCUGAUGGGUUUCCCAAGUUUGUCAAGUCUGAAGGAUACGGAGGCUUGUAUAAGGGUCUUGGUCCACUUUGGGGACGUCAGAUUCCUUACACCAUGAUGAAGUUUGCUUCUUUUGAGACUAUUGUUGAGAUGAUCUACAAGUACGCAAUCCCCAACCCGAAACACGAGUGCAGCAAAGGUCUUCAACUUGGUGUGAGUUUCGCUGGAGGAUAUGUUGCUGGAGUGUUUUGUGCAAUCGUCUCUCACCCUGCUGAUAACCUAGUUUCGUUCCUCAACAAUGCUAAGGGAGCAACCGUUGGAGAUGCGGUGAAGAAGAUAGGGCUCUUGGGACUGUUCACAAGAGGACUUCCUCUUAGGAUUGUGAUGAUAGGGACGUUGACUGGAGCACAAUGGGGUUUGUACGAUGCCUUUAAAGUUUUCGUUGGCCUUCCAACCACCGGUGGUGUUGCUCCAGCGCCUGCCAUCGUUGCUGCUGAAGCCAAAGCCUAAAGACUAAAUGAUGAUGAAAAGGCUUAGGAUUUUUUUUUGACAAAAUAAAGAGAAACGUAUUGUAGUGAGGAAGAGUGAGCUCAUCCUCCCGGUUCCAACUUUAUUAUUUUUUCUUUUUUGAAUUUUAUGUUCCUGAAUUCAGGAUAGUGCUCUCUCUUUCACAGACUCUUUUCCCUAUCAUUGUUUCUUUUGGGUUUUUGGGAUUGUAAUCAUAAAAAGAUGAGAGGGACACAUUGCAAGAUAGGGAGAGUGAGCACUCCCACUUACUACUUUUGGUUAUAUUUCAUUUUAAAAUCUCUUGUUUCAUUUUCA